ACUCUCAAAUAUUUCUUAUUUCAGAUGGAAGAACAAGCUAACAGCGAGAACACUAGACAUAAAUUGCACAUACUACUCAUUGACGCUGAUUCCUCCGAUCCAAGUAAUGGGCUAAGCUGCCCUCCCGAGGAAUUCCUUCUCGAAACAUUCCUCCGCAAUGCGAAAGCUGCUCUGGAACCCGAAGGAAUCCUUGUCAUAAACGUUGUUUCGCGGGCUCGUGAGCCUCACAUACAAGCAGACCAGAGAAUGUGUAAAAUUUUUAGCGAAGUCUACAGCCUGCAAGUCGACGAAGACGUGAACCGGGUGGUGUUUGGAUUGCCACAGCCGAGUAACCUGAGAGACUCCACCGCGAUUUUUAACGCUGGAGUGCUGCUAAAGAAGGUCGCGGGCCAGUUUGCUUCGUGGGACAAAGGCCCCAACGUCAAGGACGUGACUGUGAGAAGAAAAAGGUCUGGUUUUACUUUCUUUCCAUCUUUUCUCAUUCUCUCUGGGGGUUUUUGCGCGAGUUUUCUCUAGAGAAACGCACUGUACAGAUGUACCAUCGCUAUACUUUUUUUGCAAACAAAGAGUCCUAAACGAUGAUCCUUGGUGUGUCAUCGAAAUCAAAGGAAAGAUGGUUUUUUGUUCUCCUGCCAACUGCAUGAGAAGAUUCAUCGCGUGAAUCUCUCAGAAAGCCACAGGAGAGAUCGACAAGAUUUAGUCUGUGCAUUGUGUGAAUGAGCGACACGCACUGGAAAUUAAAUCGCGUGUAGCCCCAGAAAAGAUGCACGAAAAAGCGAGAAGAACGAAGAAUCUCUCCUACAUGCCAUGAGAUCUUUGUCCAGAGAAAAGAAGAGAUGAAAGAAAUCCCAGGACAUUGCGAAAGGAGAUUAGCAAUGUAGCAUUAGCUGAACGAGCAAAGCACACGCGAUAGAAUCUUCGCAGUGCCCCAGUACUAAAUGCGCGAGAAAAAGAGAGAGAGAGAAGAAGGCGCUGUGGCGUCCAUCAGUCGAACAAGGCAGCGAACCAUGGAAGCCGCGAGAAAUCGUUGUGGCAUCCGCGUAUAAGCGAGCCGCGAA